AUCCUAAAGUGUUUUGUUAAGACACAGUCCAUUGGUCCACUACAGCCUGACAGGUCAUGUGAUGCAGUUUCACAAGGCCCGAGGUAUUUGAUCAGUGUCCGUCCGCAAAUGAGGAUUCCUCUGUAGCUUGCUUCCACAGCCGCAGUAAUUCUGCCUUAAUUUUUAUAGACGUAGGUUGUAGGGCUUGUGUUGAAAAUUCUGUCCCGCUCGGUUUAAUUGUUCCAGACUGAUGAGUCAGUAAGAUUCCUACGCAUAAUUAACAAAGUAACUGCACUGAACAGAGUUUUUCUUGAGAAGCUAAUAUUCCAUCAGGAAAUUUUACAUUUUUUAUGGUACUCAGCUUCACAUUUUUAAUUAACAAGAAAUAUCUAAUAAAAGCCCUAAUAUGAUGGAUUAAAUCAAGAACAACCAAUAAAUCCACGCAAAAUAAAAACACGAGAAUUUUCUAUUUUAGCGUCUUGUUUACGUUUGGCGAGGUGAAUUGAAGAGUUUGGUUAUGAAAGGGAGCUCUGUUUUAAGGUUAUGUUGAACCUGGCUUGGGUUUUGAACAGGGAUCUCUUGGAUGUAAAACAGCAAUUUUAGUGACGUCUUGAUGUGAUGCACGGGUGUUUGCUUUAUUAACCUUGGCGAGUGAAGCUUAUGCCCUGUUAUCCAGGUAUAACUGGAUGGAAGCAGAUGGACGAUAAGCUUGACGGAGUUGCGUUGCUGUUACUGGCGACGGGUUUAAGAUGUCGCUUGGCGUUGUGAAAAGAAGAAUAUGUCUCGUCGUGUGUACCAGCCACAACGGAGGGAAAGUUACAGGACCACCCUUCCUACUGCAACACACCCCCCGCCCCGAAAAACCACCCUACUCUUACAUCGCCCUGAUCGCAAUGGCCAUUUCAUCUGCUCCAAAUCAAAGGAUAACAUUAAACGGGAUCUAUAAGUUUAUCAUGGAAAGGUUUCCUUAUUAUCGUGAUAACAAACAGGGCUGGCAGAAUUCAAUAAGACAUAACUUGAGUCUCAACGAUUGUUUCGUCAAAGUGCCGCGGGAGAAGACCAGCGCUGAUGGCGGUAAUGGCGGAGGGAAAGGUAGUUAUUGGACUUUGGAUCCGGGUGAGGCCGACAUGUUUGAACGAGGAAACUACAGACGACGUCGACCCAGAAGACAGCGGGCCGAACGGGUUGGUGCGCGUUCAGUGCACCAGCAGUUGGCGAACUCUGCCGUUGCUGAUGUUAAGGACAGCAGUCUCGCGGUAACUACGCCACUGAUUGCCGUGGAUGUCGCGUGUCCUGGAAGUCCGAAGGACCUGAAGCAGCACUGCGAGGAGGACUCGACAGGCAUCAGACAGGGCGAGGACCAGUUCACCCCCAGCAAACCGUCCUUAUUUACGAUAGAAUAUCUGAUGAAAAUGCCUACAUCGGCCGUGUCGUCUAGGCCAGGAAAAUCUUCGAUUAAACUUCAAUAAUAAUAAUAACAAACACGAGGACUUGAUUUGUCUAAAAAUACGGAAUUGUGUAGGUUAAUUAGAAUGAUAUUUUUGUUAAGAAAUUGAAUAAAUUGGUCUUUCUUUCCUGAAUUCCGUGGUUCCCAAUCUAUGUUCGGGGACACGGACAUUUCUUUGUCACAAGUUUAAUUUUAUUUUUGUUUCAGUCGGGUUUAAUUUAAACAAACAAAAAAAAAAAUAAAAAAAAUAAACGGAUUCAAAUACGAUCUUCA